AUGCAUUCACACACACCACGAAUUUCAUGUGAUAUUAUUCAAGCUCAUAUUUUACCACUUCUUCCGUUGGAAUACAUUUUGGAAGGAUCCCUCUUUCUCGUGUGUCAAGAAUUUUAUGAACAAUUAUUUCAUAAUGAGCAAGUGUGGUCUGAAUUGUUUGCAAGAUUAUGUCUUGGUAUGAUGGAACAUGGAACUUGUAAUGCUUUCAAAACAACCAUGACUCAUGAUUUUAAUAGCUGUGAUUGCACCAUGACCGUGAAAAUACCAUCGAGCAAUUCGGAUGAAAAGAAGAAAAAACACCAUGCCAAACAGGAUUUCAAACAGAAUUCUUCAUCCAAAAUUAGAACAAUUACUCAUGAUGAAAAGAUUGGCAAGUUGUUGAACAAGUUGAACGUGGACUGGAAAUAUCUGAGAACGUUUUGUUUAUUGAAAUUUCACUCAUUCCACCAAAGCCAACAAGACUCAAAGAAUGGAUAUCCCUUUUCAUAUAUGGUCAUGACGUAUACACCAUCAACACUUAAUGAUCAAAUUUAUUGUCGUUACACAAAUUCCAAGCAAACACCUCAGUAUUAUGGUCAGUGUUGUGAAUCAGAGCGUGGAGCUACCUUAAAAUUUGCAGCGAUUGAUUUUGAGAUGGAUUACUUUUUUGUAAAAGGACUUCAAGAAGAUUGUAAUUAUUCCAUUGGUUGUUUGACAUUUCAUUUUCAAGGUUCGGCCCAGGCAAAAACGAAAUCCAGAACACAUUCACUUACGAUUACUGCCAAGAACAGCUUGUUGUUAGAGCAUGACUCAAAACAAUCACACAUUGAAAAUCGCAGUAGACACACCUCAAAAGAGAUUGUACUCACUCAAUGUAAAGACUCUGAGUAUUCUCGACAUGAGCAAAUUGCAACGUGGAUGGAUUGGAUGGGAGAAGAACAUGACAAUGAUCCAGAAUUUGAUUAUUCGUACUGGUUCUGGGAAUUUUUGGACACAUUGAUUUCGGAUCAUCAACUUCUCCCUCUAGCUAUCGAUGAUCCUGAUUUUGAAAUGAAUCAACAGUUUGAGCAGUAA